AUGGCUUCCUCCGCAAAUCCCACGCUGACCCCAUCAUUCGCCCUCCCGGCCUCCCCUUUCCUCAACCGCAACGCUGCAACACCUCUGGCACGGCCAGCUGUCUUGUCGAUUUCCAAGGCUGCCAUGAAAGAAAUGCCCGACGGGAAAACAUUACUUGCCGAGAUAUACGCAACACAUAUCACAGCGACCAAGCCACUGGAGUUGCUGAAAUCCUUACCCGAGUUUAGCUAUACCGAUGACUAUGCUUUUGUGGUCUACUUAUUGAUUAUGGAAAAGCCGGAGCAAGUUGAAGAGCAAAUACAGGUGGAGAAGUUGUCUAAUCUCCAAGGUCAGACUGCAGCAAUAGGUUCGGAUUAUGUACCUACGAUGCUUGAGGAAUACUGGCGUCAAAGGUGGGUUGAGAAGAAGGAUGAGAUCAAUGAGAAGAGGCGUGAAAAGUACGCCGAGAAGAAGGAUGAGAUCAACAAAAAGAGACGUGAAAAGUACGCCGAGAAGAAGGAUCGUGAAGAGUACGCCGAGAAGAAGGAUCGUGAAGAGUACGCCGAGAAGAAGGAUGAGGUCAACAAGAAGGCGCUUGAAAGGUACACCAAGAAGAAGGAUGAGAUCAACAAGAAGAGGCGUGAAAGGCGCGCCGAGAAGAAGGAGAAGGAUGAGAAGAGGCCGAGGAUGGAGUAA